CCAGCAAUCUGUUUUAACUUUUAUGUCAUUUCAAAUUUUACGAUACGCAGGCGUUACAUGUAUACACGCGUGUGCUAUAGUUUUUGUGCGCUUUUAAUAAAUUCACAUAAAUCGCAAGUGCUAUUUUGAUAAUGUGUUCUUUCAAACUUUUCGGUCUCACAUCAUUAAUACUAAUUCAUGCACUUUUGCUGGGUGCAAGUGAGAGCGAGAAAAAUUCUGCUCAGCAUGUGUCUAAUAACUUUAAUGCGUCCAAUAUGCUUAUACAGAAUAAUGUGAUACCUCAUCGUGACUUAAAUGCCUUUGUUACGCACACGAAGGCCACAUCUAAGUCUGCUGAUAACGUCGAAACCUCUUACCAACACAAUAACAUUGCACACACCGAUGAGUACAUGAUACGCAGUCAACGCCGUUGCCUGGAGAAACGCAAUUUAAUAUCCUGCCUCAAGUACAAGGCUUCGAAAAUUGUGUGGAUGUUGGCGACCAAUAAGCUGGGCUAUUUUCCCAAUGAGUACAGCCGCGCUUUGGUGGAGGAUGAACGUCGAAUACGUGUCAUUCAGUUGGGUGAACCGGCCGAUAUUGUGGUGUUUAAUGAUGCCAGGAGUUUAGUAGGCGACAGUGAAUUCGUGAGCAUAUUGAAGUUUCUUAAGCGCGCAGCCGAGACCUUCAGCCGCAAUCAUGCCAUACAAGUAAAGGUGUCCAGUGAAACAGGUGCGCGCAUUGUUGACUCCGAAGUUGAUGGACGUGCACGCGGUGAUCGCAAGCGACGUAAAUGGUUGGUCAUAUUGCCACUAAUCAUUCUGUUGAAAAUCGCCCACCUUAAAAUGUCUGUGGUUACGUUAUUGCUGGGCGUGCUUGGUCUCAAUGUGCUGUUGGUGGGCGGCAUGGGUUGGUUGAUACAUUAUCUGAAAUUCAAGACAUUGUGUAAAAUACAUCCGCAUUUGGUGCAAUCGCAUUCGCAUGUCUACGACUCGGAUCCGGCUGAUUAUUCCUCAUUCAUUGGCAGUAGCUUUCCUGGCUCCUAUUAUAGCGGCGCUGGUGGCGGUAUUCAUGAAGUUAACGGAAAAGACUGGGCCACAAGUAAGGCAUAUCAUGGCGGCAAUUACUUGGACACCAUAAGUAAACGACUGAAAUAGCUGAGGCAGUUAUCUUGGCGUUAUCUACUCAAUGUGUUACGUGUGUAUUAUGUGCGUUACUAUCGGUUUUAUGCAGAGGUAAUCGGAAAUGUUGUGUAGGUGUGGAGUGGAAGUAAAAAAAAAAUAUUAUCUAUUUAUAUUUAUUGAUUCAUAGUCAGAAUUUUUAGGUUCAUAAAUGUAAAUUCUAUGUUAACACUAAUAUAAAUAUGUAUACAUACAUAAUCCUUUAGAAGUAACGUCUUGGUAAG